UUAAUAAUAGAAAUAAAUAGGGGAAGCUCAAGCCCCUAUAUAUACACUUCUCCAAGAAAAUGCUCAUAAUAUCUAAAAUGAAUUCCUUCUUUUCAAAUUUUAGUUUCCCAGAAAUUGUUCUCUUUGCUUUAUUUACUUUCUUCUAUUAUUGUUAUCUUCUUAGAAAAAACAGAGCUCAUUUUAAGCCAACAGCACCUCGGCCAAGCGGGGCGUGGCCGAUACUCGGUCACUGGCCAUUGUUGCAAGGAUCUGAUCUUCCACACUUAAUGCUAGCUUCAUUAGCAGACAAGUACGGUCCGAUCUUCACGUUAGGGAUCGGAAAAAGCUCGGUUCUGGUAGUGAAUUCUUCAAAAAUAACUAAAGAAUUAUUCACAGCCAAUGACUCGAGUUUAUGCACUCGCCCAUCUCUAGCUUCACCAAAAAUACUUGCCUAUGAUUUAGCUUUUUUUCCUUUCCAUCCCGGGGGUGAAUAUUGGCGACAAAUUCGCAAGAUUACGAUAGUUAAAUUGCUCUCGAGUAGUCGAGUCGAGCGACUCAAAUAUAUUAUAAUCCAAGAAGUGGAAGCUUCCAUGAAAGAAGUGUACCAAACUUGGAAAAUGGAUAGCCAAAAGGUUGUGGAGAUGAAAGAGUUGUUUUCCAACCUAAAUUUGAACAUUCUUCUUAGAAUGAUUGUAGGUGAUAAAUACUUCGACGGCGAAGAGAAACAAGGGCUGCGAUUUCAGACGAGAAUAACGUUAUUUUUGCGAUACAUAGGGACGUUAAUUUUGAGAGACGCUGCUCCGUUCAUCGGAUGGAUGGAUGUGGGUGGAUAUGAGAAGGCAAUGAAGGGAGUUGGUGAUGAAUUGGAUGGUUUUCUUGAGAAAUGGCUGCAACAACAUAAGAAGAAGAAAUGUUUGAGUGAAACUAAAGAAGAAGACGAUGAGACUGAUUUUAUGGAUGCUAUGAUUUCAUUUCUUAACGGUAAAAAUCUUGAAGGUUAUGAUGCUGACAAUAUCAUCAAAGCAACAUGCUUGAGUAUGAUUGCUGGCUAUGAGACAGUCACCGUUGUCAUAAUUUGGGCAUUAUCACUACUACUAAACAACAAACAUGUACUAAACAAAGCCAAAGAAGAAUUAGACAAACAUGUCGGAAAAGAAAGAUUAGUCUCCGAAACAGACAUAAGCAAGUUCAUAUAUCUCCAAGCAAUAGUUAAAGAAACAUUAAGACUACAACCACCAGCAAUGAUCCCGGGUCCUCGUCAAUUCAGUAAAGACUGUACGAUCGGGGGCUAUCAUGUUCCUAAAGGCACAUGGCUGAUGAUGAACCUCUGGAAGAUACAGAGGGACUCCACAGUUUGGCUAGACCCGAUGGAAUUCAAGCCCGAAAGAUUUCUCACAACUCAUAAGAAUGUCGACGUGAGAGGCCAAAAUUUUGAGUUGCUUCCUUAUGGAGGUGGUAGAAGGGGUUGCCCUGCUAUGUCUUUGAGUCUCAAAAUGAUUAAUUUUGCAUUGGCAAGUUUUUUGCAUGCUUUCGAUAUUUCGACUCUGGCGAAUGAAUCAGUCGAUAUGUCGGUCGGGAAAGGAUUAACGAAUAAGAAACUUACGUCUCUGGAAGUUAUUGUCUCGCCUCGCUUGCCUUCUUGUUGUUUUGAAUGAUCUCGAAUAAAUCGGUUGAUCUAUCUUGCCAUGUUUAGUAAAACAUUGUUGUUGUUGAAAAGUUAAAUUUAAUUAAAACCUACUGAAUAGUCAAGUUAUGGAUAUUAAAUUUCCUA